AAAUAAAGGCUAACAUUUUUUUUUUUAAAUAAUGCUUCUUUUUAUUUUAAACUGAAACAAAUUAAAAAUAAGAGGGGGCGGAGUUUAUGCCGGCUCAUGCAGGACCUGGCAGAUACUGUCUAAAAAGGCUGCGGUGAUGAAACGCAAGGAUUAUUAGAUCAAGGAUUAUCUCUGAAACAGUAUGGAGCUCAAAGCCUAUCUCUCUUGCCGGUUAUACCACAAGAGCUUCCGAUCUUUACGGGAUCUUUCCACAUAUCUGAAUCAGGAUGUCAGUGCAGUUCUCCGGCUGGGAGGUGAUUGAUGAUGGUGCUUCUUUUCCUGGUUUGGAGCUGAACUCGUCCCAGAAACCCCGAAGCAGGGGCGUCUACUCCAUGUACCACGGGACCAGCAUCACCAGCGCACGAGUCAUCAUUGCCAAUGGUUUUAAACAGUCUUCAGAUGGCAUGCUGGGAAUGGGCGUGUAUGUCAGUCGUGAUAUAAAGAAGGCAUCGGCUUAUCCUUUGGGAUGUAGUCCUACAGACCGUGUUGUCUUUCAGUUACAUGUGCGCGUGGGCCGUGUCAAGCGCAUUGACAAGGACAGCCAUCCCAUGCAGAAAACAUGGCACUCACAUGGCUACGACACUGCUUGGGUGCCCCCUAAUAUUGGCCUCUUAGCAGUGCGCAGUGGCCUGGAGGAGGACUGUGUGUUUGAUCCCAAAAGAGUGAAACUGGUAGGCAUCGCAAAGGCACCAAAUGAUUCCAUACUGAAAGAAUUUAAAGGGCUGAUAAAAUCAUCUGGAAAAGCGGGUGCUGGUGCUGCAGAGGUGUGUUCACUGUGUAAGAGAAAGACCCAGCAGGGCUCUCCACACAUCAAGCAGAAGUGCUGGGCGUGUGGGAAAGACAUCUGCAUUCUCAUGUCCAAGCAUCUUUGUCCAGCCAAACCCUGACGGGGUGAGGGAAGGGGGAUUGAUGAUUAGAUUUGACUCUCAUAUUGAAUUAUAGUGGCAUGUUUAAAUAUGUACUUCUCAAUGUGUUUUGGGGAUCUUUUGUAAGUUACCUAUAACAUCUCAAUCCUGAAUUGACUGUCAUUUAAAGUAAACUGUAGCUUUUUCUUUUUAUAGUUCUACAUAUUAUAUAUUACGCUCUCUUAAUAGUAUGCAAUUUGUGCAAAGGACACAUAACACAUGACAAGGCAAAAAGAUUUUUUCUCUCCGACAUUUGACAUUCAUUUUUUUGGGAUAUGUAAAACAUGGGACUGAACUAAUUUGCGAAAACUCAAGCCAAUAAAUGUCAUUGUAAUCUAAUCAAACGCAUCAUGUCUUUUCGUUUUAUAUGAUUCCAUGUUGUUAAGAGACUCAGUAAAGCUCAUUUCUAUAGUGAUGCCUUCAGAUAAAGCCGCAGCUUUACCAUUUCCUACUUUUUAUCAGUAUGUUGUGUCGUGUGAAGAAUAUUAAGUGGCAUUUGAAACACCUUUUUUAACAAAUCCCAAUAGGACCUGCAAAUAAAUAGGAGAGUCACAAA